CACUACGAAUAGUUUACAACAAAAUGCACGAGAUACGUUGUGACCCAUACGAUUAAUUAUUACCAAUGUCGAUUAACUUUUCAAAAUUUCUUACAUCUAAGAAAAAUACUUUACCUUCAACUGAAAGCAACAUUAUAACAAACUCAGUACCACAGCAUGAAUUGCACAAUGUGUUAACAAUCAAUCCAAUUUCUGUUGACGAGGUAAGAAGAAAAAGCUCUCAUGAUGUUAGCGACAUAACUAUAAAGACACUUCACAAUUCUGAUGAUGCAGGAACAGAAUUAACGUCCAUGCAAUUCGACUCUACAACAGCAUCUCCAGUUUGCAAAUCCCAGCGAAUUGUAAACCACGAUCAUCGAUAUGAAAGUUCUCCCACAACGCUACGUCGUAGAUUAUUUGUUUGUGAACAAACGUUGAAGGAAAAAGAAAAGAUCAUCAAAUUGCAGAAAAGGAAACUUAAUCGGCUGCAGAAAAAAGCAUCGUCUUUCCGAGAGGUGAUCGAGGAGCUUCGUACAUAGAUUAAAGAUUUAAUCUUUCUAAUUAUUUAAAAAUUAGAAACUACAGAGGAGACGUUUCGCUGGCAUUUAUCUUUUCAAGUUUAUAUUUUUCUCAAUGUUGUAUUUUAUAUUUUUUUUAUAUUGCAUGUUACGCAGUAUCAUCAGUUUCAAAACGUGAAAAUUGAAUAAAAAUUAUAAUAAAAUUAUCAAUGUUUAAUUUACCUGGA